AUGUCGAGGAUCUUCAAGCGAGGAGGAGAGAAAUUUGGCAAAGCAAAGCAAAUAUUGAAGGAACGUGGAGAGUCAUUCCGCCGACGAUUCGAACGUGGUUUUGAAGGCAUCGAGGAAGUGCGAGUAGGCACGGGACGGGGAGCCGAUGAUCCUAUUCCGCCGCUGAGGUUUCAAAAUUCCACAGGGGUUUUGAUAGACAAACGUCAAAAUGCACCCAGGGAUUGGGACCCCAACGACAAUGAUAUAGAUGAGAAUGAUUUAGACGCAAUGAUUCAACGUUGCAACGAGCGUAUCAAUGACAAUAUUUUGCCCCAAGUAUGGCGAGACAAGCUAAAGGAGUGCCUGGAGAUGAAGGUUGAGAUGGAAGCACUAGUCAAAAGUGAGCGCAGAGGACUUAGCAUGCAUGUCAUCGAGCGUUUGAAGCGACUGGAGGCGGUCAAAAAGGCACUCCUCGAAAAUGGCGACAAAUACAAGUCAAUUCCUAACAUUGAUAAAAUUAUGGACUCAUAUCGCUCAGGAACCUACAAAUGGGAGCAUGGGACUGCGACAUACUGGUCAAAGGGUUCUUUGAUUGCGGGCCCAAAAAGGUUUGACGAUAAUGAACUCUUGCGACUAAGUACGCAAAAUGAUAGCGACAAUGGAUUUUGGCUUGAACUGGUCACUCUUCAGUUUCGAACUCCCGGGUCGACUGUCGCGAUCGGAGUUAAUCUGAAUCAUAUUGAUGACACCGGCUCCGGCAAUAUAACAUGCUUCGAGAGCGAUGUGGACAAGAUAGUUGCAAUCAGUGGGGUGAAGGCUCCAUUUUGUUUUACCGGCGUCGCGAGGACAGUAGGUGGAGAUGUUGUGAGCAUAACCAUUGUCUUGGAGGUUGCACUUGUUGGCCCCGAUGGGAAUGCAGUAACACAGUGGUCUCGCUGGCCCGUUGUGGUUCAUGGGGGGACCGCGAGCGGGCAGAGCGAGACUUGUCGGGCCAUACUUACGACAAAUGGUAUACACCGGAACAGCACCUGA